CAUAAUUGAGUGCAUCGACGGCGACACUAGUAACAACGAACUUCCUUGGCAUCCGACAGAGUGAUGGCGAAAGCCGACUGCUGACAUAUCCUAUCGUACGAGCCAUGUUUUUUUCGGGGAAUCGAGAAAGAAGGCAAGUGCGAGCCUUUCCUUCUUCAUCUCGAACAGCUGAAGUCUGUUCACGCGUCAAUAGCAUACAAUUACGAAUCUCGACUGCCCAGGUAUUUUUAUAACCAAAACACCACGAUGAAAACAAAAAUGUCUUUUCGAUGCACCCGAUUAUGCCAAAUCUAGCUACACCAACUGGGACAGAACAUUAGCAAGGUUAUAUGCCGCAUUUGCGAGGAUUCAGAACGUUGUAGUAAUAUUAUUAUAUAUCACGUAUCGGGUGGGAUCAAUUCUUUGAAUUUGUAUAAGAUGGUACCAGCUUUGGAUCCAGAAAAGAGAGUGAAAAUGGUCGAAGACAUGAAUGAAGCGUUUCAGAAUUUACCACCGGAUACUAAGGAGGCCUAUUGGAAGUGUAUGCGUACAGAUGCAGUUUUUAAGUGCGCUAUACCUAUGGCAUUGGGAUCCGCAUGUUUCACGUAUGCGGUUACUGAAAUAACUAAUCUUAAAAAGUCAAGGAAAAUAUUGAUAAGUAUUAUGAGUUUACUAGGAUAUGGAAUAGGAAAAGUGCAGUAUUCUGUCGCGUGUUUAGAAAAACAUGCACCUCACGUGGCAAAAAUACUAAAGUUCGGGGUGGAGCCUAACAAAAGCUUUGAUCAAGAAAGACAGUUUGAUCAAGAAAGACAGUUUGUUGAAUCUUCUGAAGAUUUGACAGAACAGGAACCAGCGUGGAGCAUUAAUGAUACUUUUGACAAUAGCAAUCAAUUUGAUGACACGACUAACAAAUUUGGAGAAGAGUUAUCGACAGAGAAGACACGUACUCCUAAACAGUAUAUAACUUAUGAUAGUUUAAGGAAGAUACAUAGAGCAGAAUACAAUAAAAAACAUGGUUACACGCACGUGGUUAAAGAGAAGCCGAAACGAGACGAAGAGUUAGAAGAAGAUACAUUUUCUAGAUCGGAGACCAAGGAGAGCAUUUGGGAUUGAAAUAAAUGGUAUGAGUUCAAU